CUUGAGAUCAGCUGAUGGCAAGAUGGAGGGAAUACUAGCAUGAAAGGAUACAAGAUCUUAGGACCUGAGGAAAAUGGCCUGCUACCCCCGUUUGGGAGAAGUCUGUGAGAUCUUUCACCAGCAUAAAUGAUUCUGAUCCUUGGAGAAAUAACCAGACUCUCCUAAACAGAAAAUCACUGGCAUCUGAUCCCCAGCCUUCCCAAACCAGGCAGAAGAGGAAUAGGAGGACAUGAGGGACAUCUUUAUCUUGAGAUCUUGUGGCCUAUUUGGAUUCUUUGAAAUGAAACUCCAGUGAGGAAGAUUUAGAACUGGCCUGAACUGACUGUUCUUGGAUGAAAUUUUUCCUCAACCUUCCCUACCAAGGGAAGAGGUCACACCACGUGGGACCAGCCACCGAGACAAUCACCGCCCACCUCCGGGUCCUUCUCAUGACCUUCCUUUUCCCAUGGAAAAAAGAGGGAGACAAAAGUCAGAGUCUGGAUAUUUGCCUUGCAGAGCUGUUCUGAAGCGUUUGGGAGGGAAUUAAGGGGCCGUAACCUCCUCUGUGAGGUCCUGUAUUUCAGGUUUCCUAUCACAGAACAGCUUCUGUCCUUGUGGAACACCCUUCAUGGCACCACUACUGUGAGCCACCCGUGAUGAGUCUGUGAGUGUGGGCACCAAGUCAGAGCUGGGCCCAGAGCGCGGGCCUUUUCUCCCGCUCUUUCUUUGCUUUUGGAUUUCAUCCCUCCAUUCAGGAGUAAACAGGACAUCCCUCUGCUACCCUGCAGAGCUUGUGUACAGAGACCUGACAGAGAACUCACCCCCUUCCCUGAACUGGCUCCUUGGGGGAAUCCUCCAGGUGUCCUCAUUUGGGGACAGAGAAGAACGAACACCUUGGGAGAGGGAGGAAGAGAUCCACUUCCUCUGAUUGCCAGGAAAGUGGCCUUUCUCCUCCUGCUUCCUCCCAUGGGCAUGGGGUGAAGAGCCCGAUCAUGGUCAUCACCCAGAUGAAUAUGAAAUUCUGCUUUCGUGGAACAAAGCUGAGAGCCUUCUCCUGCGAGAUGAUCAGGUCUGCUAAUGGCUUCUUUCCGGAGACAUUCUGCUCCAUCGUCUGCCAGGUCCUGUGUCCAUUUCUGCUUUCCGGCAUAGGUAUGGUGGUUGCAGGCCUGGUGGCAGAUAAAGUCCAACACUGGAACGUGUUUGUGGACAUUAGAGAACUCUUAACCCUGGUGCCUUCCCUCGUGGGCCUGAAAGGGAACUUGGAAAUGACUCUGGCAUGCCGGCUCUCCACAGCUGCAAACACUGGGAUCAUCGAUGACCCAAAGCAGAAGCAAAAAAUGAUCAGUAGCAACCUCGCUCUGAUUCAGGUUCAGGCCACAGUUGUGGGCCUACUGGCUGCUGUUGUUGCCAUUUUAUUGGAAAUCAUCUCUGGACAAAAAGUUGAAUUGUCCCACAUCGGGCUCCUGUGUGCCAGCAGUGUGUUGACAGCCUUCAUGGCCGCCCUUUUCUUAGGAAUAGUGAUGAUUUGCGUGGUUCUGGGUGCUCGGAAGAUUAGGAUUAACCCCGAUAACAUCGCCACCCCUAUCGCCGCCAUGCUUGGAGAUGUCGUGUCCCUCUGCAUCCUGGCAGGCACCAGCACCGUCCUGUACAGAUACAUAGACAACUAUUAUCUGUUCCUAGGAAUCUGUUUCUUUUUCUUCUCCCUGAUCCCACUGUGGAUUUCCAUAGCAAAGCAGAGUCCUUCCAUUAUCGAAAUCCUGAAGACCGGCUGGUUUCCCAUCAUCAUAGCCAUGUUGAUUAGCAGUCUUGGCGGGCUCAUCUUCAAUAAAACCAUAACUCAGAAAAAGAUGAUCGGAAUGGCUGUCUUUACUCCACUGAUGAAUGGUGUUGGGGGUAAUCUAGUGUCCAUUCAGGCCAGCCGGAUCUCUACAUACCUGCAUUUCUGGAGUUCCCCCGGAGUCCUGCCACACAAUAUGAGGAGCUUCUUCCCCAAUCCUUGUCACAUUUUCUGCUCUUCAGAUAUCAACUCUGUGUCUUCCCGAGUCCUGCUAUUCCUGGUGAUCCCUGGGCAUCUGACAUUCCUCUACAUUAUUUAUCUGAUAGAGGGAGAGAACAUCAAGAUGCAUUCGCUGUUUGUGGUCUUUUAUCUGGUUGCUGCACUGAGCCAGGUGCUGAUCCUGCUAUAUCUGGCAGAGAUGUUGGUGAGGGUAGUAUGGCGCCAGUCCCAGGACCCUGACAGCUACAGCAUCCCUUACCUCACUGGGAUGGGGGAUCUGCUGGGGACCAGCUUCCUGUCACUUUGCUUUCUCUCCGACUCCUUCUUCUCUGACAAGAUGCCUUUGAAAAAUCUCAACAUGGUGAAACCUGGGCUUCCUUAGAAGUGAGGCAAGACAACCCAAGACAUUUAAUUCUCUGGUCUUUGCCGUGUUCAGAGUCCUGAAAGCAGAGUCCCAACAAUCAGACGGACAGGAUUUGGGAGCCUCUUCUCCUAACACUCUCUGCCAAGAUACCUAUGUAGACUCAUGUGUUCUUACCUGGUAACAGCCCAGAGCAUGUCUUGCAUAUGCUUGUAGGUGCCAGUUGAAAUGGGCUUUCCGGUGGGAAUGGUGUCAUGGAAGGGCCCAGCAUGCCUUUGAGAAGUUACACAAAUGAGAGGGAUGCUGCUCUGGCCAGAUGUCUUGGCUCCCCCUCUCAAUGGCAGUGCCCAUUGGAGAUCUUCAGAGCUGCUGUUUAGAUCUACCCCUUUACCCCUCUGCAAGCUAUCCUGACCCCAAAACAAAGCACUUCCCAAAGGGGAGCACAGCCAUGCCCCUGGACCCAACCAAGGGCAUAAUAUCUUUCCUUGUUCCAACUUAUUUCAUCUCAACUUUUCCCAAAAAAACUGUUAUAAAAUUCAGUGUUUAAAAAAAUGCAGAAGUAAAUUAUGUAAAAUUUAUUUGUCUUCUGUCUUUUAUGUCAUAACAAUGGUUGGAGCAAAUAUAGAGCUUGGGUUAUAAAAACAGCCAGUAGAAGCUUUUUGAACUUUUUUUUUUCUAAAGUACUUCCAUAUUCAUGAUCAUAUUUGGUCUUCCCAACAGCCUUGAUAAGUUGGGAAAACUUUAUUAUCCUUAACUUAUGGAAAAGAAAAGAAACCUAGAGAAGUGAAAAAGUAGAAGGCCUGGGAUACAGCAUGAUAUGGAGCACUAGAAUGAGGAUGAGCAUUUCUUAACCUUUUCUGUGUCAUGGACUCUUAGGAAGUGUAGUGAAGCCUACGUAACCCUUUUCAGAAUCAUGGUUUUAAAUUAAUAAAAUACAAAUGAUUACAAAGGAAACAUUAGAUAUUUUAAAAAAACAAGUCCAUGCCCUGCCCCCUGUUAAGAACUCUUACUCUAAGCAACUAAAUCCCAAUCCCAAAGGUGAGUACUUGGAAAAUGCUCAAGUGGAGUCCAAAAGCAUUUAUUAAGUGCUUACUAUGAGUCAGCCACUGUGCUAAGUGCUAAGAGUACAAGAAAGGCAAAAAUAUGGUUCUUUCCUGUAAGGAGUUUACAUUCUAACAGGGAACACAACAUACAAAUGUUAUUGUUGCUGCUGCUGUUUUUCCAUUGACCUUCGAGAAAACUAUGAUGUCAGGGGUGAUAUGAUGACAUGCAGAUAAACUGGAUUUGAGUAAAGGAGAGUUGUGAAAGAU